AUGGGUCCAGAAGAUAAUUCAAGGUCCCCGGCGGAGCACCCGAACGAUCAUGAGGAUGCCCAGGAGUCUCAACAAUUGCUCCCAACUUUCAACCAUCACACAGGACUAAACAUUAUCCAUAGCGUUGCCCCUGAAGGGGAGAGCGGCAGACAUGGAUUCGACUUCGUCCCAUUCUGCAAGAUCAUGUGGAAGAGUUCAAGCCAGGUAUCCAUGCUGGUCAAUGUUUUGUGGCCCUUCGCUCCUAUCGCAAUCAUCUUGCACUAUGGCUUCUCGGGCCUUCACAUAUGGAUCUUCGCUAUGAGCUAUAUCGGCAUGGUGGCACCGGCAAAUUUGCUGGGUUUCGCAGGCCAAGAACUCGCAAGAAAGAUGCCCAAGGUGACUGGUGUCUUGGUCGAGACGGCGCUGGGAUCUAUCGUUGAGAUUAUUCUGUUUCUGAUAUUAAUCAAGAAGCAUAGCACGAAGGAGGACAACGGCGCCGCCGAGCAUGGCAAUUUGAUACCAGUCAUACAGGCGGCCAUACUUGGUUCGAUUCUGACAAAUCUGCUCUUAUGCCUGGGCUUGUGCUUCUUCGUCGGUGGCUUACGACAACAGUCACAGAAAUUCCACGCUGCUGUCAGUGAAGUCGGUACAGGACUGCUUCUGGUCGCUGGUUUUGGGCUCUUGAUCCCUAGUGCCUUCUACUCAUCCCUCAAGUCAGCUACUGUGACCGCCUCAGGCAGUGAGGCUAGUUACGGGGACAAACAACUACGACAUGACACACUUAAGAUCAGUCAGAUCACUUCGAUCAUCCUUAUUAUUGCCUUUUUCAUUUACAUAUGGUUCAACGCCCGAAGCCACGACAGCAUCUUUGACGAGGUACUCGCCAGCGACGAGGAACGAGACAGAGACCGACACAGCGAUCACGCCAAGGCGAAGUUCACAUUUACCGAAUGUGUCGUUGCCCUCGUCAUCUCGCUCACCUUCGUAUGCCUCCUGGCUGAGUUUCUUGUCGAGCAGAUUCCGCAUGUCGUCGAUAGAGGCGUACCGGACCAGUUUCUGGGUCUGAUUCUUUUGCCCCUGGUAGAGAAAGCAGCGGAGCAUCUCACAGCCAUUGAUGAGGCUUGGGACGAUCAAAUGAACUUCGCCCUCUACCACUGCCUCAGCCCCUCCAUCCAAACCGCUCUCUUCAACGCGCCCCUCGUCGUCAUCGUUGGCUGGAUUCUCAACAAACCCAUGGACCUUAACUUCGAGAUCUUCAUGAUCGCUCUGCUCGUUUUGUCCAUCUUGGUCAUCGGCAAUUUCCUCCGUGAUGGCGAGUCGAAUUACCUUGAAGGAGCGCUGCUCGUCAUUAUUUACCUAAUAUGUGCUGUGGCUGCGUGGUAUUAUCCGGAUCCGGAUGUGGCUACGUCAAAUGGUGGAAAUUUGGUACUUCAAGUCGCCGAUACAGUUGCGUCUUGA